AAGCAUUUGUCAAUCUGGAUCAAUGAGAAUCAAGCAAACGAGUUUAUCCUAUUCUCGUCUCCCCAAAUCUCUGUCACCCCGCACCGCCAUUGCUGUAGCCCCAUACAAAUCCCUACACCAUUCACCACCUCAAAUCCCCUCUUCAAACAACUGAAGAAGAAGACCCAUGGCGGCUCCCACCACAAAUUCUCAUCUGGGUGUAAUAUUUUUCACCUCCUUCGUCUUCUUGGCCGCACUUCCUUCGGUCCCUGUAGCAGCACCCGAUGCUCCCACUGUCUAUGAUAUCCUCCCCCAAUAUGGGCUUCCCAGUGGCCUUUUACCUGACUCCGUCAUCGAUUACACCCUCUCAUCCGAUGGUCAAUUUGUCGUUCACUUGGCCAAACCCUGCUACGUUGAGUUCGAUUACUUGGUUUAUUACCACAACACCAUCACGGGGAAGCUUCAAUACGGCUCCAUCACUCAUCUGGACGGUAUCGAGGUUCAGAAAUUGUUCCUGUGGUUCGACGUGAAGGAAAUCAGAGUCGAUUUGCCGCCUUCUCAUAACAUCUACUUCCAGGUUGGGUUUAUCAACAAGAAACUCGACGCAGACCAGUUCAAGACCGUCCACUCGUGCCAGGACAAUGGUUUGGGCUCUUGCCUUGCCUCCUGGAAACGGAUUCUUGAGCUCCCAACACCAAUAGAUGACAUCCAGAUGCUGAUCACUGAGUAGCUCGCUGUCAGUUGUCCAAGCUCUUGAAGUUCUUCGGUUGCUGCCUUAUCUAAAUUAGCCGAAGAAAUAUAGAUGUUUUAAGGUAUCUGGUCUCAGUUUAGACGCCAAAAUAUCAAUGUCUAUCUUUGAAGACCCAUGAUAUGAUAUGACUGUGUUAAUAUUAUAUUAGAUUAGAUUAGAUGAGUCUUCUCAGUUUGAUCCU